AUGGCCACCGCAAUUGAGAUGACUUCCUUCGAGGAUGAAGAAGGAUCAGCCGCUUGGCCAAGUAGCACCGGGGAAGAAUCGACGGAUGCCAUCGAGCGUGCUGGCGAGAAUGUCUCUGAAAGCGAUCAUUUGAAGGAGCAACUGAGACUUCUAACAGAAGAACGAGACAGUUUGAGGUUGAAGAUAAUCGUUAUUUUAUCAUCCCAUCCUACUUCAUGCGCUUUUUUCGGUUUAUUUGAAAGUGGCCGAUUGCAGGUUAAAUCAGCGCAGGAAGAGAAUGCAGCUCAAGCAGAUCACGUCGAUAAGCUGACAUUUCAGGCAGUUGACAAGGUACUGAGUGCACGCUUAAAGGAAAUGGAGCAACAGUGUGAAUUUCUGCAGGAACAGCUCGAAGCCGCCACUGAACAAUUAAACAACAAAAAUGUGCAACUUUCUGAACUACAAACAGAACUAGAACAAACGCACAGCCUUAUCGAUGUGCAGCGUGAGAAGUUUCAACGUGAUAUCAGUGAAGAAAAGGAGCGUAGCAGGUAUUCAUUGAUAGUGGCGCAAAUUGAGGAAGCACGAAGUGAAGUCGAGAAAAUACGCUUGCUAGCAGAAUCUCGUGAAGAGGUGGGGAAAAACGAUGCGGAGUCGGAGAUGAGCGAAACGAUCGAAAAGCUCAAAAAUGAAAUAGCAUCGUGGCAGAAACGAUUUGAAAUUUCGGAAACCAUUUUCGAGGAGGAACAAACAGCAAAGGAGCGGGAGCUCGAGAAAUUGAGUGCUCGCAUUGAUGCAUUGAAAGCGAAUCUCAUUGAAUAUGAAGAGCGUUAUGAAUUAUGUCGAAACGAGAAUGCUGAAACAGUGCAGCAGCUCGAGAAGCUAUCAAACGAUUUCGAUCGCCUACGAUUGUCAUUAUCAAAAAAUACCGCGGUGGAAGUGGAUGAACUAAAAAGGCUUCGUACAGAAUUGGAUGUCUCGAAAGGUGAUCGAGAGAAGUUGCGCGCUGAUGUUGAACGCUUCCGCGCGGCUAUUGGUGUUAUCGAUAAGGAGCUAAAUAGAUUACGGUAA